CGGGCCAAUCGACAAAUGAGUGCGCAGCAGCAAGCAAGUUUAGCCAAUUGCAUUAUGUCGCUGAUUAAGUGAGGGUGCACACUGUCGUACCUAUUGGGUGAAAUACCACAGUAUGCCGUCACUGCAGCAAGAUUUGUGUGUCCUGUUGCCACAAGGAAAGGGCAACUAGUGAAGAACAAAUACCAUUGUAAACACAACCGAUAUUUAUGUUUAUAUUUUCCCUUUUGUACUUAAACUAUUUGAACAUCAUUACAACACUGUAUAUAGACAUACUAUGACAUUUGAUAUGUUUCACUAGCCAAUAAAGCCCCUUUAUUUGAAAUUGAACAAACGUGUAACGCAACAGCGAGGUAAAUAUUAAAAUCACGGCGGGUAACAACCGCAUAAAGUCCAUGAGGGACAAUACCUCAAAUAACUCAGUCGACCAUGACGUUACAGUAUCUCGAUCAAUCAACACUGCACAUUUGCAGACGGAAAGCUGCUUGAGCCAAUCGUAUCCCUUCAAAGGGCGGGUUACUAGCUAUUUGCAAGCACCUCUCGCACACGUCAACACUGGAAACUGAUGGUUGUAGUUACCGACCUAACAACCAACUUUUCUCCAAUCACUUUUACUUUUUAACGAUACACAUGGAAAGUAUGAUAUUUUUUGAAAAACCAUGUCUAUAAGACAAUGUUGACAGUAGAGUUUUGUUUGUCAUUAUACAGCAUAGUUAUCGAGACAACAGACCGAAACAAGAAGAGAGCAACUCUGAGUGAUGAUAAACAAAGCAUGAUAGCUAGCAAGCUAACGUUAGAUAAUGAAUCCCUGUGAGGUCAUUUGAGUAAUGUUUUAGCAAGUUAACCGAAAAGACAGUUAAGUUUUCAGUGAGACGAACUAGCAAAAUGGAUUACAAGAGCAAAAAGUCCACUCUGUCCGGGGAAAAAUCACAGAGGUCUGGUCACAAAAGUGACAAGCCACAGCAGAACAACUCGACGUCAAGAGUUGAUGCUGAUCAUGGUGGUGAGAUCAUUCACUGUCCUGUUACCAAGAACAUGAAACACCUCCUGGAUGAGUUCAAGGGGCUGUAUGAGGAGAGGUUGAGACGCCUAGAGUUUGAUACAAGAGGGGGCACAAAUGAGGACAUUUUACAGAUGAAGGUCCGUAUCCUCCAGUCCUAUGUGAACGACUUGGGUGAACAGAACCAAGUGCUGGUCCAGACAGUGGAGGACCUGGAAACAGAGGCCAAUAACAGAGUCUGCACCAUAGAGGCCAAGCUACGCACCUCUGAUCAAAUCAUUCAUGAACUGGAGCAGCAGAGGAGGGUUCUGGAGGAGAGUGUGUGUAGUCUGCGCUCUGAGAACCGGGACCGGAAGACUGACAUGGACUCCCUCACAAACUUCAUCCAACAAGCGAGACACCAACACACCUUGGUCGUUUCUGGGGUCACUCUAAGGACAGGCUCGUUGGAGAAGAUGAUUGAAACCUCGACUCAUACCCCUAUGAGUCCUAACCUUGAGGUAGAGGAUCUGAGGAGCCAGCUGAGGACUAGAGACAGAACCAUCCUUUGUCUGGAGAGAGACAUCAAGACCUUCCAACUGGAGAAUAACACACUCAACAAAACUGAGGUGGAGAGUGUCAGGGAGGAGGAAGAGAGACAGAGGAGGGAGAUUCUGACUCUCAGACAGAGAGAGAAGACUCUUCUAUCAGAGCUGCAGACCCAGGAGAGGAGGCUGUGUGAGACCCAGAGAGAGAGCAGAAUGAGGGUGGAGGACACGGCUCGGCUACAGUCUCAGCUGCAUCAAGUCCAGAGCUCUCACACGCAAACUAUGCGCCAGGCGGAGGCCAAAAUGGUGGAGGUGAGGACCGAACUGGGUGAUGAGUAUGAGAGGAGACUGGAGGAGAAGGAAGAACGAAUGAAACGGAUAACCGAAGACCUGAAUAAUGUGAGGGAGAAACACACCUCCGCCAGGGAUCAGUUGAGGAGUACAGAGGGUAUUCUCCAGUCUCUGAGGAUGCAGCUACAGGACAGAGACAGUCAGCUGGAGAAUGCUACUAACAAGAUGUUUACACUAGAGAACUCUCUGAAGGAGGCUGAGGAGAGUUGUGUGGCUGCUAAGACAGAGGUCCAGACUCAGACUACAUUACUGGAGGAGUUGAGCAGAGAACUGGGGAGACUCACACUGGCUGAGAAUACAUCUGUGAAUGAGCUUGGGGAGAUGCUGAGACACAUGAAGCAGGACCUGUCUGCUCUAAAGGCCACUCAGGACUCAUUAAAGAGAACACUCAGUAUGAAGGAACAACACACACACCAGCUAACACACGACAACACACACCUCCGACAAAACCUGGACACGCUAAAGAACAAGCUCCAUGUUAGUGAGGACAGGGUGUGUACUCUGUCAGUAGAGCUGGAUCAGUUGAAGAUUGGUCUGGGUAAAGAGAGAGAUCAGUGUCAGCAUCUCCAGAACCAGGUUUUACAGCAGAGUCAGGAUCUUGAGCGGGCCAGCAACACACUCACUGACACACGCAGGGCCGCCGGCAGGAAGAUCCACAAGAAGGACAGCAAGCUGUCUGUGUUAUUGAAGGAGUUGACAGAGGUUAGAAAGAACUUCUCUGACUGUAAAAAAGAGUUGCUCAGUAGAGAGUCUGCAUUGGCAAAACAGCAGGAGGAGACGGCUCAGCUGAGAUCCAAGAUGGAGGACUGUUCCAGUCAAUGUUCAGCUUUGAACAGGGAGAAAGAGAGACUGGAGACAAUCCUCACACUUACUAAGCAGAAACACUGCACCGCACAAGGAGAGGUGAGCAGUAGAGACCAGGGGAUUCUACACUUGAGGAUAGAGCUGAGUCAAGCGGAGCAGAAGUAUCAAGGGACACAGGAGGAGCUGGCCAUGCUGGAGGCUGAGGUCAGCCGUCUGAACCAGAAGGUUAAGGGUCAACAGGAAGAUGCAUGUCUUCUCAGGCAGAUGGUCAGAGAGGGGGAGGGGCUUAGAGACCAGGAAGUGAUGGAACGACAACAGAUACAGAACGCACUCUGUAUCGCACACCAACAGGUGAAGUCCCAGACCAUGUCUAUAGAGCAGCUAACAUCUGAUCUAGACUCAAUGAAACAAAACCACAGAGCCGACACGGAGCGCUGGAGCCACAGGCACUUCCUGCUCAGCAGCCAAUUAGAGCAGGCCUCCUCUGAGCUAAGCCAAGCCCAGGCUGAGGUCAGAGAGCACGGGUCAGAGGUCACAGACCUGAGGGGAAAGCUCCAACUGGCAGAGGAGAGAUACCAGGAGGCUCUGGAGAAGGUUGAAGUGGCUAAAGGGUUGGAAAACACACGAGACACUGAGAUAGAGCUUCUGAGACAACAACUGACGGACCUCAAGGAGGACCUGAGUGAAACCACGUCCAGGACUCAGGGCCAGGAGGAGAAGGCGGCCAUCUUUAAACAGAAGUACUGCGUUGCCAUGGAGAAGGUGCAGCAGCUCCAGGGACACAUAGAGUGUGUGGAGGAGGAGCUCAGAUACACACAACAACAGCUGACUGAAUCCAAGGCAGCGGUAGACAGGGUUAAGGCGGAGCUUACAGAGCUGGAAGGGCGCUACGAAGAAAAACUUGGCCAAUGGGAGCGCUCAGAGGAAGCCCUGGACCAACUGACUAACGAGCUGCAGGCCAAUCAGAUGGCUCUGAGGGAGGGGCGGGAGAGAGUGGAACAGUGUGAAGGAACCAUACAACAUCUACAGCAAGAGGUGGACACACAGAACACUCAGAUAAUAAAGUAUGAGAGUUCUCUGAAGUCCUACCAGCAGAAUCACUCCUACUCUGAUGAGCAGUAUUGUGCCUUACAGAGACUACAACUGCAGAAGCAAUCCACAGAGCAGGUAGAGCGCUUGGCCAAUUGCGAACAGGCCCUGCUACAGAUGAGGACAGAGUAUCUUCGCAGGGAGGAGGAACUAGAGAAGCAGAGCCAGGAGAAGGCGGGGCUAGAGAGGACCCUGCAAUCUCUUCACCUGGACAUGGCCGCCUCCCACCGCAAACAUCUGGUCACUCACACACAGCUGGAGCAGGAAGUGACACAGCUACAGGAGGAAGUGACACGCCUACAGGAUGAGCUGGUCGAGACCCACGACACCUGUACACAGAGACAACAGACCAUCCAGGGGCAGGAUGUCUUGCUCCAGCAAGUUGAGGAGGACCUGAAGGAAACCAAGCUGCUCCUUCAGAGGAGAACCAAGGAUCUGAAGGAGGAGAAAGACGGGGUGCAGAGGCUCAGAAAGGAGGCGCAGGAGCAGAGAGAGGAGGAACACAGACUUGGUGAGGAGGCCAGGGAGAUGCUAAAGAGGAGAUGCAGGGAGCUGGAGGAAGAGAAAGAGGAGGUGAAGAGGAGAAGCAGGGAGCUGGAAGAACAGAAAGUGGAGGUGAAGAGGAGAACCAGGGAGCUGGAGGAAGAGAAAGAAGAGGUGAAGAGGAGAAGCAGGGAGCUGGAGGAAGAGAAAGAGGAGGUGAAGAGGAGAACCAGGGAGCUGGAGGAAGAGAAAGAGGAGGUGAAGAGGAGAACCAGGGAGCUGGAGGGAGAGAAAGAGGAGGUGAAGAGGAGAACCAGGGAGCUGGAGGGAGAGAAAGAGGAGGUGAAGAGGAGAACCAGGGAGCUGGAGGAAGAGAAAGAGGAGGUGAAGAGGAGAAGCAGGGAGCUGGAGGAAGAGAAAGAGGAGAUGAAGAGGAGAACCAGGGAGCUGGAGGGAGAGAAAGAGGAGGUGAAGAGGAGAACCAGGGAGCUGGAGGAAGAGAAAGAGGAGGUGAAGAGGAGAAGCAGGGAGCUGGAGGAAGAGAAAGAGGAGGUGAAGAGGAGAACCAGGGAGCUGGAGGAAGAGAAAGAGGAGGUGAAGAGGAGAAGCAGGGAGCUGGAGGAAGAGAAAGAGGAGGUGAAGAGGAGAACCAGGGAGCUGGAGGGAGAGAAAGAGGAGGUGAAGAGGAGAAGCAGGGAGCUGGAGGAAGAGAAAGAGGAGGUGAAGAGGAGAACCAGGGAGCUGGAGGAAGAGAAAGAGGAAGCACAGACACUCAAAGAGGCCCUGUUGGAACUACGCAGGAGUCACAGACAGACAGUGGAGGAGCUGUCAUGUCGUGGGGAGGAGGUUUGGCGGUUGGAGGGGAGUGUGAGAGAAGGAAGACAGGCAGAGGAGAGGAGGAGGCUGACAGUGGAGAGGCUGGAGAGGCAGUCUGCAGAGCUGAGACUGGCCCUACAGCAGGCCAUGGAGAACACACUCAACACACAGAGAGACAACCACACAACACAGGAACAAGUGAAGACAUUGGAGGAGGAGAACAACUCAUUGACCAAUCAGGUGAGGACUUUGGAGGAGAAGUACAGCUCGUUGACCACUCAGCUGCUGAGGUCACAGAGCCGGGGCCAAGACAACGUCCAGCGGCUAGCCAAUCAGGAGGAGCGUCUGGUCGUACUGAGGACAGAGUCAGAGACGCUACAGGAGAAAUACAGCAGCAAGGUGCAGGAGCUGGACACACUGCGGUUGGAGGUGGAGGGGGCGUACUCUGACAACACACACCUCCGCCAGGGGAGCCAGGUGGUCAUGGCCAACGUCAACCGCUGGGUCAAAGAGCAGAGGGUUGCCAGUGAGAGUCUAGCUGCUAAGAUCAGAGGUCAGAACAAGGUGCUGCUCAUCAUCAGUGAGGAGAAACAACAUCUUCAGGAGGCUAACAGGGCCCUAGAGGAGGAGCUGAGGAAAUUGGGAGAUGAGGGGGAGGAGAAGGAGAGAGAGAUGGAACGCUUAAAGGCCCAGGUUCAAGACCGGGGUCAACAGCAGGAGGAGGAGAGGGAGAGCUUUGUGACCACCAACCUGAGUAGGAUCCAGUACAUGCAGGUCAGACUGAGAAGCAACCUGGAGGCUAUAGGCUUGCUCAACAAACAGCUGAGUGCUCUGGGAGGAGAGAACGAGAGAUUGCGUCUGCAGUUGGAGGAGGAGAGAGCAGAGCGCAGACGAGUGGAGCGACUGAUACCGCCAACCAACCACCGGAGGGGUACCUCCCUCCUUCCCCUUUCCCUCACCCACGGGUCUUCCUCCUCCCUUCCCUCCCUCACCCCCUCUCUGGAUAGAGACACAGGAUACCCUCCCCCUGCCUCCCACCUUUCCCCCUCCCCUUUUCACCACUCCCCCAGCCACAGCCCCAGUCCCAGGCCAGGGGAGGACAGUGCCCUGACCCGAGCAGAGUUGAGCGUGGCUGGGCCGCGGGAGCCAGGCGAGGCCCAGGCUGUUAAUGAGGCCUACUGGGUGAGGAGGGUGGGAGAACUAUCAGUACAGUUGCAGGACAGAGAGCUCUACUGGUCAGGUAGGAUCAACCAACUCGCUACAGAGAUACGACAGACUAAGGACGCUUCGCCCCUCACCUGACCUCCAGCUGACCUCUAAACCCUGUUCCCUGACCCCUGACCUCUAAAGCCUGACAUCUCUUCCUUGUUUGGCUGUUGUUUUGGAUGGGUUCAGUUAUGAAGCCAUAUCAUUGUCUCUGAUCACUGUAUGACUGUAUACCAUGUGCUGCAAAUGUUGGCAUUUACAUCUAUUUUGAGUUUGCGCGUCAUUUGUGGUUAGUGCCGUGUGUGCGUGUUCCUGCACUCGUAUAGUGCCUUGUAACAUGGAGAGUACUGUAGUAAUAUUGAUAGUUAUUGUUGUCUCUCUGAGUUCCAGUUUGAUAAUAAAUCCAAAUGUUAAAAAAAUCCAGUUUAAUGUUUAAAGUUGUCACUGAAAGCCAGAUAGUUGUCACUGAAGGCCAGAUAGUUGUCACUGAAAGCCAGAUAGUUGUCACUGAAAGCCAGAUAGUUGUCACUGAAAGCCAGAUAGUUGUCACCGAAGGCCAGAUAGUUGUCACUGAAAGCCAGAUAGUUGUCACUGAAAGCCAGAUAGUUGUCACUGAAAGCCAGAUAGUUGUCACUGAAAGCCAGAUAGUUGUCACUGAAAGCCAGAUAGUUGUCACUGAAAACCAGAUAGUUGUCACUGAAAGAAAGAUAGUUGUCACUGAAAGCCAGAUAGUUGUCACUGAAAGCCAGAUAGUUUUCACUGAAGGCCAGAUAGUUGUCACUGAAAGCCAGAUAGUUGUCACUGAAGGCCAGAUAGUUUUCACUGAAAGCCAGAUAGUUGUCACUGAAAGCCAUAUAGUUGUCACUGAAAGCCAUAUAGUUGUCACUGAAAGCCAGAUAGUUGUCACUGAAGGCCAGAUAGUUUUCACUGAAGGCCAGAUAGUUGUCACUGAAGGCCAGAUAGUUGUCACUGAAAGCCAGAUACUUGUCACUGAAGGCCAGAUAGUUUUCACUGAAAGCCAGAUAGUUUUCACUGAAAGCCAGAUAGUUGUCACUGAAAGCCAGAUAGUUGUCACUGAAGGCCAGAUAGUUGUCACUGAAAGCCAGAUAGUUGUCACUGAAAGCCAGAUAGUUGUCACUGAAGGCCAGAUC